CACUUUCUUAUCUCUCUAUUUCCCCUGCAGCGUGAAGCAGCAACAGAUGAACGGCGUCACGGAGCAAACAAACGGCCAGGCCAAGGCCACCAAUGGAGACGGCGCCCACGGCAAGCUCCGUCUCACGCCUGCCUCGCAGACGCAUCGCGGCAGGAACCCCGCGGGGCAGAGCUAUGUGCUGUCGCAGUGCUCUGGCGAGAGCCUCUACAUUCCCUCGUCGAACUCGAUCAUGCGCCUAGCCGCGGGCAAGGAGCAGACGGCCGGCUCGUUUGCGAUUGCCACGUCGCAGGGCGCUGCCUCCGAGGCCAUUGUGCCACACAUGCACAAGGACGCCCACGACACGUUUCUCUGCCUGCGCGGAAGCCUGCAGGUGUGGUGCAACAACGAGAGCCGGGUCCUCUAUCCCGGCGACUUUGCCUCUGUGCCGCCCAUGGCGAUCCACAGCUAUGCGCAGCGCUCGGCAGCCCACAACGACUUUUGCGGCGUGAUUUCGCCCGGUGGGUGGGAAGAGUUCUUUCGCGUCCUGGGCGACGCCAAGGAGGACGACGUGCUGUUCCCCACGGGCGACAAGGCGCCCUUUCCCGUCCAGCGCUUUGUGCAGGCGCUCCAGGAGGGCCACGAUGUGAUUCCGCAGCCUCAGCACGCCCUCGUCGAUGCAACCCCCUUUUCCGACAAGGACGAGACGCUGCCCCAGGACGCCAGCCCCUACUUUCUCAAGGCUGACACCGGUCCGCGCUACCUCCUGGCUGGGCAGCAGCUCGAGUUGCUGUGUGGCAAGGCAAACAGUGCCGGGCGCUUCUCGAUGGCCUGGCUCGAGGGCUCGUCGCAGCAGCCGACCUCGUUCCUGGGACCAGACGCUCGUGUCGCGUUUAACAGCACGUCCACCUACCUCCGAAUCAUCGACGGCGGCAUCUCCCUCACGGUCAAUGGUCAGCGGGAAACGCUCAACCAGGGCGAGGCAGCCGUCGUCGCCGCAGGAGACGCCUUCCGCAUCGACUUUUCCACGCCCUACGGCCGCGUCCUGCUGGCCUCGGGAACUGACCGGGACUUCCAGGGCGGCCUCGAGGAGCUCUUCAUCGCACACGGCCAGCGAGUCGACAAGAACGUGGUCCUGGGCCAGGAACUUGCUGCACCUGACCAGGACACGUUGCAGCGGUGGGCUUCCACUGUAGGCGCCAGACUCGUGUAAUAUCAAGCUAGCUAGUUAGCGCUUGUAAAUAGUUUCUACUCCGGGAUGGGCAACUGAGUCGGAUUGUGUGGGCU